AUGAAUAAGAAGAGGAACGAGAUUCCGGUCGAUGAGCGAUAUCUGCAUCGUUUCGCCGUUCUGAAACCAAAAGUGAAGACUGAGGCGACUAGUAAGGAAGGCCGAAAGAAAGGCGAUUUUGAGGACGAUUUUGAUGAUGUUGAGAGUGUUAAUUCGGAUGAAUUCAAUCUUUUGCUGGGAAUUUUUACGGCAAUGGAAGAUAUCAGAGAGAUAACGGAUCAGAUUGACGUUUUGCAGGAAGACGAUGAACAGUUGGAAGGUGGCGAAGGUGCGAGUGAUGAAGAGAUGCUUGGCGAUGAGGAUGAUGAAGGUAGUUUGGAGUCAGCUGAAGACGAAGAAGGUUCAGAUGAAGAGGAGUACGAUGGUAUCAUAGAAGGGGAGGAAGGAGAUAGUGAUUUUGAAGAUGCGUUGUCGUUUAAGAAGCAACUUGCAUCUGGCAAUCUCGAUUCGGAUUCGGAUGACGAUUACGCACAAAAAUUCGAUUUCGUUGGAGAUGCGACGAAAAGUGCUGAUAAGGUAGGUGUGAAUGGAUGUGAAUUUUAG